UUCUUAUCGCUGGACUUAACAUUUCUGAAAGAGAACAUCAGCCCGAGAUUGGUAGAGAUAGCUAGUAUUAGUUGGACAAAAUACCCUGACCAUGGCAGCGCAGGUGGCUGUCAUUCUAGCUUGCCUCCUGCUGGCUCCGCGUGCGUCCAUGCAGCAGCAGGCUGGCAUCUUGGAAUCCGCCUUGAGCCGCGACUACCCGCACGGCAAGUCCGAGCUGGUCUUCCUGCUGGAUCGCUCGGGCAGCAUCGGCGCCGACGACUUCGGCGUGCAGUUGUUCUUCGUGGAGAGCCUGAUGACGGAGUUCAGCAUCGGCCCUGACGCCACCCGGGUGGCGAUCGUCAGCUACAGCGACGAUGUGACUCGACACAUCGACUACAUUUCAGGCGAGUCGGGCAACAAAUGCACUUUCCUGUCGGCCAUGAAAGCCGUGAAGUACACCGACGGCAGCAGCACCGACACGGCCAAAGCCUUGCAGGAGGCCAGGGAGAUACUCGUCCACAGCCGACCAGAUGUUAAACCAGUGGUGAUCCUAAUGAGUGACGGCAUUUCCAACACGGGCGACAACCCGGUGACCGUAGCCAACCAGCUCAAGGCAGAUGGGGUAGAAGUCUUCACCAUCGGCGUGGGGCUCCUGGUUCGAACCCAGCUCGAACGGAUCGCCUCGACCGGCGACCACUACUUCGCCUAUCACAGCUUCGAUGAUUUCGAGAGGCUGGCUUUACGGGUUCGCGGUGACCCACAUGAAACUAUGUUCGACGACUCCGUGAACCAGACUCUGUGUGAUAGUCUCUGCCACCAGCCGUUCCCCGAGGCCGGCUACGGCUGUUGCGAUCUGACCGCCAAGUGCACGUGCUCGCUCGUCGGUGGACGUCACGCCUGCGUCUGCGGGCCCGGCACGUACGGACGCAACGGCUUCUUGUACCAAUGCAAACUGUGCCCACGCGGAACUUACAAGUCCACCUACGAGCCCACGGACGGAUGCACUCCGUGCCCACCUGACUCGACCACAGCCGCUGAGGGCAGCAAACUCCUAGGAGCGUGCUUCUGCAAGGAAGGCUACGAGGGGGAUCCCAUGCGUGAAGAGUCCUGCAGGCUGGUGACCUGCCCGAUUUUGACGUCUCCUAGAAACGGCCAGAUUUUGCCCUCCCCUUGCAGCCACAAGUACCAAUCAGUGUGCUCGUUUCAGUGUGACGUCGGCUACGAGCUGGAGGACGCCGCCUCGGCCAAACGCCGAUGUCAGGCCAACGGCCACUGGACAGAAACAACACAACAGUGUCGAAAGGUACAGUGUGCGGCCCUAUCCAAACCCUCCAACGGCUUGAUAUCUUGCCAGAACCAGGAGGCGGGCAAUCUGAACGUCUACGGCACAAUCUGCAGGUUUACUUGUAUAAAUGGGUACAACCCUGCUGGGAGCCGAGAGCGUGCAUGCACAGCAUCCGGAGAGUGGUCUGGAGACGACUUCACCUGCAGACCCAUCACCUGCCCCAUACUGCCCCCGCUUCGCCAUGGCUCCAUUGAGCCCUCGCAGUGCGCCACCAAGCAACGGGUUAAGUCCAUCUGCAUCUUUAAGUGCAAGGAAGGAUUCCGCCGGGUCGGCCCGACCUUCAAGAUGUGCGAGGCCAGCGGCAGUUGGUCAAGCCCUGGGGAAGAGGUUGCCUGCGUGGAUGAUGUCCCGCCGGAAAUAACUUGUCCAGCCUCAGUGGUCAAGGAAGCCGAUCCCGGUCUUUCCUCUGCCGAGGUGAGCUGGGACAUGCCGAUUAUUCAAGACAACCAGGACGGUACGGAUGACCUGACCCUCACGGUCAGUCCGUCCGGUAUGAAGCCACCCCACCGCUUUGAGAUUGGUUCGGUCGUCAUCACUUACACCGUGACAGACAGCGCCGGCCUCAGCUCAGUUUGCCCCUUCAAAGUGGUAGUUCUUGAUACACAGCCGCCGACAGUGGACAGCUGUCCUGGGCCAAUUAUUGACAUCACCUCGGCAGACAAGGUCAAAGCUGUGACGUGGGACGAGCCCCAAUUUGCCGAUAAUUCCAAGCAAGAUCUGCAAAUUGUCAAGUCGCAUGAGCAAGGUGCAAAACUUAGCUGGGGGACGCACAUUGUGACAUACACGGCUACAGACUCGGCAAGACUGAGUGCCGAAUGUCGGUUUACGAUUCGCCUUGGACCUUCCAGUUGUCCGAACUACCCUGAACCGCGUAACGGUGCUAGGGCUUGUGACCAGUGGCUGUUCGGCCAAUUCUGCCGGGUGUACUGCAACCAGGACUUCGAAUUCGCUGAGACACCGGCCAUAUGGUACAUCUGCUCUGGCAGCACGUGGAGAACUCAACCAUCUGGAAAGACCAUGCCCUGGCCAGACUGCUCAGAACGAGCUCCAGCGCACGGAUCUCGACGGGGCAUGUCAUCCCAGUACUACGCAGGAGACUGCAUUAACUCGAAGACCCAGGUAGCCAUCAAGGCAGCGUUCAUCGAAGACUUCAAGGACAGCAUCUUUGGGAAAAACGGUGGCUGCAUCAAGGAAAACUCCUGCGAGGUCGAGUACGUGACCGUAUAUUGCGGGGAAAUUGACGAGAACACACGGCGACGGAGGCGCCGUGCGGCCGGCCCGGGUGACGAGACAGACUUCGCUAACGUCGUCACCUUGGAUUUCACCGUAACGACUCGAAUACGAUCUGUGGACAAAACGCAACUCGAGAAUCAGUUGGCUAACGCCGUGCGGACCCUGGAUGAAAUCAGCAGGGAUUAUGAGCAACUAGCCCAGGCUGGUCAGCUGCAGCUGGUGGUUGAUAACCAGAUCCUGCCCGUUGUAGAGGACUCGGUCUUGGUCAACCAGAGUGUUCCCCUCUGUCAGAAUGGGUCCGUCGCGUUGGACGGCACUGACUGCAUCAGCUGCGCCGUGGGUUCUUACUUGGACAGCAACAGGCAGGCCUGUCGAGUUUGCGAUGAAGGCACGUAUCAAGACGAGGACGGCCAGGAUCAGUGCAAGUCGUGCCCCUGGGGUACGUGGACUGAGGGGCCCCAGGCUAAGGAUGUCAGCGAAUGCCGCCCGGAGUGCAAACCCGGUACCUACUCGCCGUCCGGGCUGGCUACGUGCCGGCCGUGCCCGCGAGGCUUCUUCCAGCCAGGCUUCAAGCAGACUGCCUGCCUGCCGUGCAGGGAGGGUACGACCACGCCGGCAAAGGGAUCCAGAUCAGCGAGCGACUGCCAAGCUGUGUGUGGCCCGGGAACAUUCAGUGCGACCGGUCUGCGGCCGUGUCGGCCUUGCCCUCUGGGAUCGUAUCAGCCAGAUGAGCAACAAACCCGCUGCGUGCCUUGUGCCGGCAGCGAGACGACGGCUGUUGACGGUGCGACAUCUGAAGCGGAAUGCAGAGAGAUCGAUGCUUGUGAAUCUGCCCCAUGUGAGAAUGGCGCGCAGUGCACCAGCCACAGGGGCGCAUUCCACUGCCAGUGCGUGACGGGUUUCGCUGGUACUACGUGCGAUACUGAAAUAGACGAGUGCCGGUCUCAACCCUGCCUCUUCAAUGCGACCUGCGUCGAUCAAGUUGGUGGAUUUGAUUGUCUCUGCAUUGCCGGAUACGAGGGCGCCCUCUGCGGAUCGGAAAUCAACGAGUGCUUAUCAGACCCGUGUCAGAAUGAAGCAAAGUGCCAAGAUCAGGUUGCCGGUUUUGACUGUGACUGCGUGGACGGGUUUUGGGGCCCGCUGUGCGAGAACCGGCCGGAUCCCUGCGCCGGACAGGCCUGUCUGAACGAGGGGUUCUGCAUCCCGACGACCGGCUCGUUCCAGUGCCUCUGCCAGUCUGGCUUCCAGGGACUCCGAUGCGAGACAGAUGUCAACGAAUGCGACCUUCUACCUUGCCAAAAUGGCGCAAGAUGUGAGAACACGCCGGGGAGCUACCAGUGCGCAUGCGUGCCUGGGUUUGAGGGGACUCACUGUGAGGUGAACAUCGACGAGUGUGUACAUCAUUCCUGCGCCAAUGGUUCUACCUGCAGUGACGUCAUCGCUGGCUACCAAUGCCUGUGCCCGCCGGGGGUCACGGGACACUACUGUGAGACAGAAAUGUCCCAGAAUUUUCUGCUGAAUUUCACCAGUUCCUUGACGUCCGACUUCUCCCUCAUCCGGACCAGACACGUGGAGUUCCAAGAGAUCACGCUGUCCGUGUGGCUCCGGACCACUGAUACCACCAACAUGGGAACACCCAUCUCCUACGCCGCCAUGAAACCAGCAAACAAGUUUCUUUUCAGUUCGUCCGCAGGAGGAGGCGCCGGCACCGGCAGCCGCCUCGUCGACAACGCACUGACCGUGACGGACUGCUCCUCGCUCCGGGUCUACGUGAACGGACUGGUGAUUUUCACCGAGGUGGCUGUCAACAACGGGCGGUGGAACAACCUGGCGUUUACCUGGCGCGGUGCAGUCGGCGAGUGGCAUUUGUAUUUGAACGGCACGAAAGCAGCCAACGGGACCGGACUGAGCACAGACGCCAUACCGGGCCAGGGCGCGUUCGUCCUGGGUCAGGAACAAGACGCGAUCGGCGGAGCCUUCAGCUCUAGGGAGGCAUAUCUCGGAGAAAUUUACAAGUUGAAUAUCUGGGAUCGUGUUUUGCCCGAGGACGACAUCCAGAACUUAUCCCACUUCUGCCACCAAGAGAAGGGCAACGUGGUGGCAUGGUCUGACUUCCUUGCGGGACUGGAAGGAGGACUGGAGCCUAAACCCACAAACGCGACGGGGGAGGUGCCCGGAUGCGAUUCCUACUGAGAAGAUCCCCAUGACUACCGAAAAAAGGCGGGAAUAAAGCUCACCACAUCAACUAGACUUCGUGCAGACUACAAGAAAUAUCUAAAUGCGUCGUUUUCAUUUCUAUGGUUCUCAUUUUUUUUCCCUUUGAAGUAGGGUCGGUCGAUCGGCGAAAACAAAAAUCUUAUUUUACAGAAGUAAAAAAAAACCUGCAGUUGCACCCUUUAAGAUGGCAAAAUUGAAUGAUGCCAAAUGUGUAUCGUCUCUUGUUUCGUGUACUGUAAUGAGUUUAUCAGAGUUGAUAUCACUGAACAAAAUAAUAAAGCCAUCUAUGGCAAAAUGUAGUUGACUAACAAAUGCAUAACAGUGAAGGUACACCAUAAAUCCCUGCUUUUUUGAGAGGCAAUACCCUGGCAUCGUCUGGGAUUGCGUUGUUUGCUUUACGCCGUGCUUCGCGUAAAAUUUAGUUUUAUAAUUACUUUCUAUUGCUUUUUAAAUUACCCGAAUUUUUAAAUUACAUGAAUUGUUUUCUGCAUUUUCUGCAUUUCUAUAUUCUUUGGGUUUUUUUUUUUGGGGGGGGGGUAGUUUAAGCUCAAGACAAGGUCGGCGGUAAUAAAAAAAAAAGUUGCAUGUUUAUUGGGUUUGGAGCACAAAAUAGGGUCGUUCGGAAAUGAGAACAAUCAAUUAAAAAGGGAUGCCCCGACGGACAUUAUGCAGUCAACUCCGUUUCAUUUUUGUUCAGUGCAUAGAUUCGCAUAUAACUGAUUAUUUCAAGAAUGUAGAAGAAAAAAAUAUGUUACACUAUUAUGAGAUUUUUAAAAAACGGUUCUAAAACGGUACUUGCUUUAAACGAAAAUCAACUCAAGAUAAUUAUUAUUCUGCUCUUGUAAUAUUGCAACUGUAUUAUUCAUAUGCUGCUAGAUACAAUUUUCCCUAUUGUCAUUUCAAGCGCUCUAUCAUCAAUUCACAAGUUUCAAUAGUUUUAUCUCAUCACCUGUUAAAAUGUUGACAAUUUCUUUUCAUAUGAGAGUUAAUAUGAAUGUGAAAUUGGGAAUUACAUGUAUUUACAAACCAAUUACGAUAAGUACCAGAUGUUUCAGCCACAACUAUUUUUUUAAGAACCCAAUUAUAAUUUCACUUUCGGUGGAACUCUGAUAUUUGUACAUUAAACACACAAGCUCCGCUUGACAUAUUGGACGGA